GUGUUUAUUUUUGCUACUGCAGACAGCCGGCUCUUGUGUGGAAGCCUCAAACAUCUGGACGAAUGUAAAUACAAAAUCCCUCCUUUGGAGAAGAAGUACGAUCUGCAGAACAUGGAGUCAAAGACUGCCUACCACUGUGACUGCACCAGCCGCUUGGCUGUUCAGAUCGAAAGCUUCAAGCAACCCAGUACUCUCCCCACGCUACUGAUGGAUUUCGUCUCUCAGUACUGCUUCAAACUGCCAGAGGAGAAAAAGUGCCACAGCAGAAAAAGCUGUUCUAGAGGCUUCAGUAAAGCUUCUGACCUACUUCGAGCCCUUAAGAAGAUAGAGGAAAAAGACACUGCUUGGGUGCGAAAUUCAGUCAAUGACAGAAAAAGAGGGAUUCCUGUUCGUCUUUAUAAGCGAUGCCUAAGGCUGGAAAGAGGAGCUGAUAUUAUGGCACAACUCACACGAUUAUAGACUAAGCUUCUAUGAGCAGCAACAAUGAAUUUCAUGAGCUUUACAUUUCAUGCAGCGUUUUCUGUUUCGCUCUGAGGCUGUAAAAUGGCAGCAAAUUGAAAAUAUUCAAGUACUCAAACCCUCGAACGUUGUAAUAUAUUAGUAAGUAGGCCAAAGAUAAAAACAUAUUCAUAAAGAACUGUAAUAGAAAACUGCAAACCAUUAGACUGUGCAUUGGAAAUUUAAUAAAAUCAUUUAUUUUUUGUU